AUGACUAUGAAAACAAAAAGUGUACUACUUCAAGAACCAGUUUUAACAAAAAGUGUACUACCUCAAGAACCAGUUUUAACAAAAAUUGUACAACUGGAUGAAUUGCAAAAAUCUACUGACGAUACAACUCCUACGUUACAUGAAGAUAAUUCUACAUUAAUUAAAAAUCUUCGAACUAUCGAAAUCUACAAAUUUACCGAUGCAUUAGAUAUUUUUUUAUUAAUUAUUGGUACAAUAGGUUCAUUUGCUAGUGGUGCAUGUUUUCCAUUGAUAUUAUAUGUUUAUCAACAAGUAACUGAUGCACUUGUUAAUUAUGGUAAAUUACAAUAUAUUCAACAAAUGAAUUUUCAAAAUCGAUCUCAAUUAUCAUGUGAAAAUGGAGGAUUUUCUAUUCCUGAUAAUACAACAAGUCCUAUACAAGCUAUACAAAAUGUUGUUAAAUGGUAUGUUCUAUUGGGAUUUUUGAGUAUUUUAUUUUAUACUAUUGGCUUUACGGCUUAUAUGGUAUCAGCUGAACGACAAAUACGUCGAAUAAGAUUUCGUUUAUUUCGUAAUAUUCUCUAUCAAGAUAUGUCUUAUUUUGAUAUACUUGGUGGUAAAGGUAAAUUGACUAAUAUGCUUACGGAUGAUUUACUCAAAAUUAAAGAUGGUAUGGGUGAUAAAAUGGCCGAUUUUUUAUCAUUAUUAGCUCGUAUGAUUGGUUGUAUGGUUUUUUCACUUGUCAAAGGAUGGAAAUUAACUUUAGUUAUUUUGGCUGUUGCUCCACUUGUUAUUACUGCUUUUAAUUUAACAAUUAAAUUUACUGUUAAAUAUACAAAAAAACAAAUACAUGCUUAUGGUAAAGCAAAUAAUAUUGUACAAGAAGUAUUAAUUGCAAUACGUACUGUAACGGCAUUUAAUGGACAAAAAAAAGAAUAUGAAAGAUAUGCAAAUAGUUUAUCUGACGUACCAAUAAUUGGAAUAAAAAAAGGUAUUGUUCAAGGUUUAUGUCAAAUAUUUUCAAAUAUUGCUACUGGCAUUGUAUUUACUGCUGCACUUUGGUAUGGACAAUAUUUAAUUAAAACAGAAUGUCAGACUUAUUCAGCUGGUAAACUUGUUGUUAUAUUUAUUGCUUGUUUAAACACAACAUGGUGUCUCAAUCAAAUAGUUCCUAGUUUAGAAAAAUUUGCUGAUGCUACAGCUUCUGGUUCAUGGAUUUUUGAAACAAUAGCAAGACAAUCAAAAAUUGAUGCAUCAAGAGUAGAUGAAGGUGAAAAAAGAGCAUCAUUUAACGGAGAAAUAAAACUUGAAAAUGUUCGAUUUACAUAUCCAGCUCGUCCAAAACAACCGAUUCUUCAAAAUAUCAAUCUCACAAUUCCAAGUGGUAAAACAGUCGCUUUAGUUGGACAUUCAGGAUGUGGAAGUAAGCUUUUUAAUUAUAUUCAUAUUUAAUCUUAUC